GGCACUUUAAACUGAAAUGGACUAUUUGAGUGCUGUGUGGGAACUGAACUUUCGUUUCGUAAAUUAUCGCAGUGUAUGAGACCAAUGAAUCCCACCUACCCCAGACUACAUCCCUGAGUCACAACUGCAGUGGUUAUAUCACCAUCGACCGAACAGCUACCUGCGAAACUGCUAUAGCAGUAUGUUUACUGGUCAGUCUCUAACAACAAUAGGCUUCCAAUAGCAGAUCUGUUGCCAUCAUCAACUGCUAGCAUCGGGACGGCAGCCGAACUGAUAACGGCGGGAUGAGAGUGAGAUCCUCGCUCUCGACUCAUCGAUGGACCACUGCAGUGCACUGAACCUUGACCGUGAUCAUCAUCAAAACCAGUCGAAAUUGGGUCGCCGGACAGAUAACUGGGCACCGAGCCCACGCGAAAUUUUAAUUUGUUAGUUUUAAGCUCCAAUGUAGUUUUAAGUAUAAAGAUGUUAGUGUCCGAAUAAAUGUGGUUUUAUUAAGUAGUGUUUCUGUAAAUCGCGCGUGUUUUUUAAAUUGUGAACUGGAAAUCCACCUACCAGCACCAGGAACCCCAGAAACAUCGAGCUAAGAUUUGAUCGCUAGACCACUGGAUUGGUCUCCUCUGGAUCCCCUCGUCCCCCUACACACAACUGGUCGAUGUCGGACCUGACCCGAUUGCAUGCUGCUAUCGAAGACCAAGGAAAAUAGGAGUCAGGUGCGUUCAUUGUGGUCCUUCGAGCCGGAUGAGGACUAGAGAAGGAUCAACGGGAGCUCGAAUUGGAUACAGUUGACACGGAGUCGACGAACGGACGCUGUUAGGUGCCAUCUUGCCAGCUAUUCAGGAUUGUAUGCUGCAAUUGUUGUCGUGCAAGAAAGGAUUGCCUGCGACAAAGGAUCAAUGCAUUUGAGGGAAUAAAGGAUAUCCACCAUCAUCCUUUGGAAUCAGCGUCGCUUGGCUUGGACAUUCGCUGCGCGGUAUUUUCUGUCAGGUUAGUGAACACCGCUUACUAUAUGUCCAGCCGACACUAGGCUACUAUCGCAUCCUAACACCUGUGUUUUCCACAAUUUUGCAUGCGCGAUAUCAACGAGAUUCGGACCUUUUGGAAAUUUCCUGGAUACUGGUUCCCAUCGUGUGGCUGGAACUGGACACGAUUACCAUUCACUGCCAUUUGGAUUGCAUGGUUCCAAGUGGAGGAGGACACCAACCCAAGGUGAACGAUUGCUACAACACCGGAGGACACUCACUGGACUAGCACCGAAACUUGUCUCACAGCUGGACAGGACCGUCAGGUGGCUUCGGAAACGGCCUUGUAUUCUGUGGUGCUGUGCGAACGACGAGACUAUUCGUGGCAACAGGGUGCUAUUUCAUCUCCUAGGAAGAUCGCCUCAGAGGUGGUGAUACAUUCACUACCUGACCAUUCAUCCGCCAUUCAUCUGGUUGACGAUACCGAUCACCACGGAAGGAUCGAUACUACCAUCGGGGCAUGUGUGGACGAGAAGAGGCAGCGUCAACGGAUAUUUGUCCAGGUAAAUACACCUUAUUAGAGUAUAUGUUGCCGAGGCUAGGCCUACAGUAAAUACACCUGUUGAUCGAAAUUCGUAUCCUCUUCGACUCCUUAUUUACACACGUGAGCCCUGUGGACCCGGCUGGGUCUGUUGAAUGCCUUUCGUGGACGUUGAUCAUCCGCCUUGGACAUUUGAGUGAAUUGCACGCUGGACUUGCACCGCUGUUGGUUGUCUGGGUAAGCCACUACAGUAUAUGUCCAGCCGUGGCAUUUAUUUUGAAUACUACAUCGUAUCUCCCUCCUCUUCAUUCCUCUACUUAUCGUUAUUGCUGAGACGAACUGGUUGACGUUGAGAAAUCACACUGCACUGAUCGUGAUUUGCUAUUUGGAUUGUCGAUUAUCGUUGGGCGGAACCGCCUGUUUUGUCAGGUUAGUGAACACGAUAGUAUAUGCCAGCCAAGCUAGGCGUAUAUGCGGAAUAUUACACCACCAUCUCUCUAUUCUGUUGCCGGUGAUUUGUGACGUCAACUAUGCCGCCUGCUGGAUCAUCCACUAAGAAAGUUUCGCUGAAGCAACUAACUGCAAGGCUUGCGGGAAUACAGUCCUCUCUUCGGGACAUUUUGGAAUUCAUUGAGGAUUUCAAGGAGGAUACAAAGCUUUCUCAAGUGGAGGUUCGUCUGGAGAAGUUGGAAGAGAUAUGGGAGAAAUUUUCCGAGACGUUAGUUGAGAUUAAAUCUCACGACGAUUAUAACGGGGAGGAGACUUAUGACAAGGAAAGGCGGGAGUUCAACUAUCAUUAUUAUGAGGCGAAAUCUUUCCUUGUGGAUCAAGUUAAGGAGUUGAGGGAGCCAUCGUCGUUAGACCAAAGUGUGAGAACUACCGAUGCGUCAAUGCAUGGCGUGCUUGAUAAUGUACGCUUGCCGCAAAUCAAGCUUCAAAGCUUCAAUGGAGAUAUCGACGAGUGGUUAGGUUUCCGGGACCUGUUCACCUCUCUUAUACAUUGGAAGCCUGAUCUUCCGGAAGUGGAAAAAUUCCACUACCUGAAGGGUUGUCUUCAAGGGGAACCACGGAGCCUGAUCGAUCCAUUGAAGAUAACCAAGGCAAACUACCAGGUAGCAUGGGAUAUGCUGCUGAAGCGUUAUAACAACAGUAAGCAAUUGAAGAAGAGGCAAAUUCAGUCACUGCUGUCGUUGCCAGCGCUCUCCAAGGAAUCCGUCGGGGAAUUGCACACACUUUUGGAAGGUUUUGAACGGAUAGUGCAAACCCUCGAUCAGAUAGUCCAGCCAGCCGAUUAUAAGGAUUUACUGCUGGUGAACAUCCUCACGUCACGCUUGGAUCCAGUGACGCGUAGGGGAUGGGAAGAGUAUUCUUCGUCAAAGGAAAACGAUACUCUAGAUGAACUUAGGGAGUUCCUCAAUCGGCGAGUGCACGUAUUGGAAUCACUGCCACCCAAAUCCACGGACACUAGGGGUGUCCAUCAGCCUCAACCACAGCCGAAGCAGAAGUCAUCCUUCACAAGGACCAGCUUCACCACAUCGCAAGCGUCGGGGAUGCGUUGCGUAUGCUGUUCGGGGAAUCAUCCGCUGUUCCAAUGCAGCACAUUCCAACGGCUGUCGGUUUCAGACAGGGACGGCCUGCUGAGAACUCAUUCCCUCUGCCGAAACUGUCUCAGGCCGGGUCAUCAGGCUCGGGAAUGUCCAUCCAAGUACUCGUGCAGGAAUUGCAAGGGUCGCCACCAUUCCAUGGUCUGCUUCAAGUCAGAAAAGGGUGGUGGAAAUAAGGUUUCCACGGUUGCAAGGGGCAACAAUCUAUCCUCCGACAAGGAAUCACAAGGAGCUUCACAACCCAGUUCCUCUCAAGUGGCUAAUGCGGCAGCCACUGAUACAACGGUCUCAAAUGCAGCGCACCAAUACUCUUCGCAAGUUCUCCUUGCAACAGCGAUCAUCGUGAUGGCGGACGGCGAUGGAAACAGGCAUCCUGCUCGUGCUCUUUUGGAUUCCGGCUCCGAGAGCAAUUUCAUAACCGAACGGUUGUGUCAACGGAUGAGAGUGACCCGAGAUAAGGUGGACAUUUCGGUUUUAGGCAUCGGACAAGCUUCAACAAGGGUUAAGCAACGAAUCCGAGCGGUGGUACGCUCGCGAUUAUCUCCGUUUUCGCGGGAAUUGGAUUUCCUUAUUCUACCCAAGGUGACUGUUAAUCUUCCGACAACCUCAGUCAAUAUUGAUGGUUGGACCAUUCCAAGCGGUAUCGAAUUGGCAGAUCCGGCAUUUUUUGAGUCGAAGGGAGUGGACAUCGUACUCGGCAUCGAGUCGUUCUUCGACUUUUUCGAAACAGGCAGGCGAAUCUCAUUAGGCGAAGGGUUACCAACUCUAAAUGACUCGGUAUUCGGAUGGGUCGUUUGUGGAGGCGCAUCGACUUCCAUCAACUCUCUGCAAAUCAGUUGCAACACUUCAACUUCCGGAAGGCUGGACCUACUAUUGGAGCGGUUUUGGGAGUGUGAAGAACUAGAAUCGGAAAGAGCAUUUUCUCCAGAGGAGCGACGCUGUGAAGAGCUCUACCAGCAAACAGUUCGUCGAGAGCAGGAUGGUCGGUACACCGUCGCUCUCCCGAAACACAACGAAACACCUCUACACUUGGGCGAGUCCCGAGAGAUUGCAUUUCGUCGGCUUCAAGGAACGGAACGUAGGCUGGCGAGGGAUGCCAGUUUGCGAGAGCAAUAUGUCGCGUUCAUGGACGAGUAUCUAGCAAUGGGACACAUGCGGAAGGUCGACCAAACUACUCAGGAGACGGUCCAACGAUGCUAUUUGCCGCAUCAUCCGGUGGUCAAGGAGGCAAGCACCACCACUAAGGUACGAGUAGUGUUCGAUGCUUCCUGUAAAACGGCAUCAGGAGUGUCGUUGAACGAUGUUUUACUGGUGGGGCCAGUGAUUCAGGAGGAUCUAAGGUCGAUUGUUCUACGGUGUCGCACACGCCAAAUCAUGCUGGUAUCAGACGUGGAAAAAAUGUUCCGUCAGAUCAACAUCUGCGAAGAGGAUCGACCGCUCCAAUGUAUCCUGUGGAGAUCUACGCCGAUAGAAGAGGUUGGCGUGUAUGAGCUGAACACCGUGACAUACGGUACCAAACCAGCUCCCUUUUUGGCUACCAGGACGGUAAAGCAACUGGUGGAAGAUGAAGCUACACAGUAUCCCAUGGCAGCACAAGCAGCCAGCGAGGACGUCUACAUGGACGACGUCAUCACAGGAGCGGACGACGUCGAAACGGCACUGAUUCUUCGAGAACAACUUGACUUGAAAUUUAUCUUAAAUAUUCUAAGCUUUCUGCAAUUUGAAGACGUUUUGCCAGAACUUUGUUUCAUAUGUUUUUUCAGCAAUAUUCCUUUAAGAUUUUUAGCAAAAUCGCUGUAUCAAUCUACAGAGCGUUCUUGGAGAAAUCUGUUAGAACCCGUCAUCCUACCAAAAGAUACGUGA